UCUUAUGCCCUCAAGUCAAGCAAACAGACGCCACGCCUAGAUUCUUGUCACAAAUCGUGAAAAGCCGCCAAAAAUGGGUGAUAUCAGCAUCGUCGCUGCCCAGUGGCCUCAGGUCGAGGUCGGCCGCGUUCUCCUCAUCAACGACGGCCCCAACGCUGGCAAGCUUGCCACCAUUGUCGAGAUCAUCGACCACAAGCGCGUCCUCGUCGAUGGGCCCUCCUCAGACUCCAACCUCGCCAUUGCGAGACAAUCCGUUCCCCUGAGCCAAGCCGUUCUCACCGGACACGUUAUCCCCAACCUGCCCCGUGGUGCGCGGUCAGGAGCUGUCAAGGCUGCUUGGGAGAAGGCCGAGGUCGAUUCGAAGUGGAAGAACAGCAACUGGGCCAAGAAGGCCGACCGCCAGGUCAGGAGGGGUGCCCUGACCGACUUCGACCGCUUCAAGGUCAUGCGCCUCAAGAAGCGCGCCCGCUUCGAGGAGCGCAAGGCUCUGGCCAAGGUCAAGGCCUCGGCAUAGACGACAACGACUUUGACGGAAGCAUAAAAAGGAAUCUUUGGGACUGUUUCGGCGUGGCUUGCAUCGAGGGGACGGGCGUCAAAUUAGAGCAGACUUGGAAGGAAAGGGGCUUUUUCGACGAGGUUUCGGUUUGCGGAAAACGGUUUUCACCUCUUGGAAUGGAUUGCAUGAUCAUAUCCAAUCGGCAUUAGGGCUAUUGCGAUUCUUUUGCACUUUUUUCGGGACGACCCUGUACAGUCACGAUCAUCUUACGAGAUGACGUGUCGCGGCGUAAAAUGAGGAAAUCUUUUGAGCCAAAAACGACCGUUGGCGCUUGAUAUUGUGACAAUCGGGGCGUUCGGGUGAUACUGAAGGGAUCCGGGCAGACUGAUAUACUCUGGAGCUACUAUUCGUUUCGUUUGUGGAUGUCUCGUCCUUCGAAAGCUCCCAAACAAAACAAAGCAUUCUUACCUAAUGAUAUCAAGAACACCACAAUCCUGCACAU